AUGAAGCAGUCAUUUACAGCUCACUUUCAGUUGCUCUUCCUAAGAUUUGUGGUUUUCAUGGUGGCAGUUGAGAUGGGUCGGCGCUAUUUCCCUCACUGCUCAGAAGUGCUGGAUAAGUUUAUGGAAGAUGACCUGCCUGAUUUGUUCUACCUUGAGAAGGGCACUCUGGAUGAGCAGAGAAUCAAGAGGACGCGCUUCAUUGAGCUUAAGAAGGAUGUCCAAAGGGCAUUUAGCAAGGACAAGGCUGAACAUCAGAGGUCUGCCUUGUCUUCGUCAUCGUCCUCCUCUUCUUUAAAGGGUGGUAUAAAUUAUAAAGCAAGAAAACUGUGA